UAACAAUAGUGAUCACUGGCUCUAUGAAAAAUACAAUACAUCUUAACGAGUUUUGCUUGUAUGUUUCGAAGUCCUUAUAGUUAUAGUGAAAAAUAAGGCAUAUCUGGAAUAUAAGUGAAAAUAAUGUUUUGAAUUUGAUUCAGGAGUUGCGACUUAGUAAACCUGGAAUUUGAACGUCCUUGUUUAUUUGGAAUGGUAUUAAAUGCUAGCUACUAGCUAGUUAAGUUGAUUAUUUGUAACAAAUAUAAAGAUAAACAGUGCAUUUAAUAAAUGAUAUCAAGUGUCAGAUUGGAUGUGAUUAUUAUAAACAAUAGUUUUGGCUCACGUGCGUAAUAAAACUCUCUGUUUAUGUAAACUGUUGACGCACUUUUCAUUCUUGUUAUUCUUCCUGGGAAAAACCUGUAGCUAACUAUUAAUAAAAUUGUGUUUCUAGGAAGCCGAAAAGGCCGAUCUGAGGGUAAUUGUGUUGUAAAUGAGUGAUAUCGAGAUGGGUUUCUCGAUGUUAUAUUGAACUGUUUGUUAUAUAUAUCCGAGUUCACUUUGUGGAUUUUAUGUUUAUGUUCCUUGUAAAUCAUAGAAAUUCUUUGGGCAACGGACUUAAGGUGCUGGAACAGUGCGACGUAAGUCCUGUAGACUCUGGUGUAUGUAUAUGAGCUGAAAUCAGAUACGAAAUAUAAGGAUAUAGCAACGUCUAUACAGAGGCUUCCAAUUGCUGUUUUGUGGUCGCCCCUUUGAAGUCGUUAUAUAUAUCACGGUCGUUUCAACAAUGAGUCGCCGAGCGAGUUUGCUCGCAAAACAAAUCCCGGAAGAAAAGAAACCAAAGGGUGUCCGCUUUCCAGACGAGCUUGUCUUUCUUGACAACAUAAAAGAGAAUGACGUGCAUGCCCUUGGGUCCAUGCUAAGGAGAGCAAGUCUACAAGUGGAUAUCAGUGCAAUUAACGUUGCAGGUUUGACGCCGCUGCACCAGGCGGUUCUGGAUGGGAACGAGGCGGCCGUACGACUGCUCGUGGCUCACGGAGCGACGGUCAACAAACAGGACGAGGAUUCUUGGACGCCGUUGCACGCCGCAUGCGCAGAGGGACACGCGGACAUAGCCAAGUUUCUACUCGAAAGUGGGGCUGAUAGGAACAUCUUGACAGACGAAGGCGAACGACCCUUGGAUCUCGUGGAACCGUCUGACCUCCCAACCAUCCGGGUCAUGCUAAGUGAUGUGAAACCAAACACUGAUAACCAAUCGGACGAUGAUUUCGAUGAUGACGUCACUCAUAAUGAUGUGAAUGGAUGACAUAGUGAUGUGCUCAAUUUUGCAAGUUUUGGUGCUAUUGUAAAUAACUAAUCAACUUGUGAAAAAUC